AUGGGAAGAAAAAGCAAUGAGAACUGUGUCACCAACCUGCAUGUGUCAAGCAUCUCUCCAGAGACUCUCUCUCCGUGGAACUUGGAUUCAGAAGAGACCUUUGCUGAAAAUGAAGGCCAGUUACCUGGGAAGGAUGGUGCGGCAGGUAGCAAAACUAACAAGAACCACCUGGGCACCCCGGCAGAACAACUGGUGCUGCAGCUGACCGUGUCAGAGCAUGCUCCCAGUAGAGUGCAGAACAGUAACCAAGGGGUGUUUCAGCUAUGGAGUUCUCCGGUCAAAAAAGGAAGUACCUUGGAUAGCAGGGAACUAAAAAAAUCUUCAGCAGAAACUGGCUUCAGUGUAGCCAACACUGCCAGACUCUUCUCUCUAAACCACUCAUUAACAAGCGGUCCGGGUUUGACAGACAGCAAGGAAGUCAGUGCUCAUCCUGGUCAGUUCAUGCCAGCAGGUCUCUGCUGGCCCUAUGCUGAUGGAGAUUUCCUGAAGGACAGAAGUGAGUUUCAUCUUAGGUCAUACUCCACAAUGGAAAACAGCAACAGUGACUCUAUAUCUGCUAUAAAUUGGAAUUUAAAAUACAGAAACCUCAGUGUGGAAGAAAAUGUCACAGAUGAGAGUGACUUAUCAGAAAAUGAGAAAAGGAUUGACUCUUUGCUCAGCUAUUUUAAAAAGAUGGACCUGAACUUAAAGCCAGAAAAAAUAGAACACGUGGAGAGAUCCUUCACAGAGGAAGCAAAUGAAGCGUCUGUCUACGCUGACUUUCUCCCUGCUCCUUUCAACACUCUGGACUUGCACAGAUUUGCCAUGUCAAAAUGCGAGAGCUGGAAGGCCGCAGUAUAUCCUCCAGAAAGCUCCAUCAAGCGAUUAAUAAUGCGUUUAUUGGAACUGGAAAGAUUACAACAUAUGACCAUACAAAGAGAGAAGCCAAGGCUACAGAGCACUUUCUCAAUAUUUUCCAUGGCAGAACGACCUUCUUCCUCUAAAACCAUUGCACUGAAAGCCAGGCCACCGAAGUUUCCUGACACAUUGACUCUACAGACCUCUAGUGGAGAUAGAAGUCGAGACAAGAGAAAAAACAAUUCCUGUUCCGGAAAGCCAGAACAAAAUGUUUCUAAAUGGAAAUGUAAGUCGAACUCUAGAUCACUGCUAAAAUGUUCAACCACCGCAAAGCAGUGCGCUGCUGCUCUCGAUGACUUUAAGAAUCCCAAAGGCUCCAUUCUAAUCCCUUGCCAGGAACUCCCACCCAAGCCUACUACUACCCAAGCAACUCAACCACUGGCCAAAGUGGUCUCAACGAAAUGUCUCCCACCAAGGUCCCCGGUUGCAGUUUCUCCCAUACCCCUAUCUUUUCCAGAAAAUCCAAAGGAAGAAAGUAAGGUGCCAAAAGCCAAAAGGAAACUUCACCGGAAAAGCAUACUACUGAAUAAAGCUUUCUACACUCAGAAGCAAAACUGCCUAUCGCCUUCUCUUAUAGCCAGAAGCAAGUGUUCACCCACUGACCAAAAAUAG